AUGGCCCGCAGGACGCGGCGGGCGGCGCGGCAGGGGCUGCCCUGCUUGGGGCUGCCCUGCUUGGGGUUACCCUGGUUGGGGCUCGCGUUGCUGCCCUGGGCCGUGCCCCCCGCCGCCGCCCCCCCAGGGGGCUGCCCGUCCGCCUGCUACUGCGUGGCAACCCCGGAAUUGGUGCAGUGCCGCUACGAGAGCUUGGACGAACCCCCCCGGGAGCUGCCCACCUCGGUGCACAACCUGAGCAUCUCCGGCAGCAACCUGAGCGUGCUGCACCGCGCCGCCUUCGCCCCCCACCCGCUGCCCGACCUCCGCCUGCUCCGCUUGCGCCACGACAACAUCCAAACCAUCGAGGACAUGGCCCUGCAGGGGCUGCCGGCCCUGCGGACCCUCGACCUCAGCCACAACCCUUUGCGUUCGGUGGCGGCCGGCGCCUUCUCCGGCGUCCCUCUGCUGCGCACGCUGCAGCUGAACCAGGCGCUGCUGGUCGCCCCGCUGGAGGAGCAGCUCGCCCUCGCCCUGCGCAACCUCAGCCUGCACCGCCUGGAGCUGGCGGGCAACGGGCUGCGGGCGCUGCCGUUCUCCCUGCUGCCCGCCGGCCUGGAGGAGUUGGAUCUCCGCAACAACUCUCUGCAGCGUUUGACAUCCACCGAGCUGCUCAGCCUGGAGGCUCAGGGGCUGCGGGGGCUGCGGGUGUGGCUGGGGUCCAACCCGCUGCAAUGCGACUGCGCCCUGCGCCCGCUGCUCACCUGGCUGCGCUCGUCCGCCGCCCGCGUGCCCGAUGCGAGGAGCCUGCAGUGCUCCAAACCGCCGUCGUUGCGCGGGACGGCGGUGCUGAGGUUGCGGCCCGAAGGGUUGGGUUGCUCGGCCGAUGAGGGAGGUGAGGCCGGACAGCUGGAGACAGCUUCUUACGUCUUCUUCGGCAUCGUUCUGGCCCUCAUCGGCAUCGUCUUCCUCAUGGUGCUCUACCUGAACCGCCGCGGCAUCAAGCGUUGGUUGCACAACCUGCGGGAAGCUUGCCGUGAUCAGAUGGAGGGCUACCACUACCGCUACGAGCAGGAUGCAGACCCACGCCGUGCCAGCGCCGUCGGCACCCCCGGGCUCUGACAUCACUGGGCUCUGGUGGCACCCCGAGAUGCUCCUUCCAGCUGCCUCCAUCCCCAGCAUCCUCCUGAUCCCCAUCCCGUUGCCGCGGUGCUGCUCCAGAGAUCCAAAACGAGCGUCGGGCUGCAUCCGAGUGGGCAGCAUCAUCUCCUGGGGGGCUCCGGACCUGCUCAGCCCGGGUUCUGAUGGCAUCACGAUGUCCUCCCUCCAGCUGACUCCAUCCCCAGCGCCCUCCUGGUCUCCAUCCCAUUGCCACGGUGUGGCUCUGGAGGAAGAACUGGUCCUAGGGAUGCUGUGAGUGCUCCGUUGGGCUGCGUCCGAGCAAGCAGCAUCAUCCCUUGGGGCUCCAUCCCAUCUCUGGAUCCGUCCACUUGUCCCCAUGCAAGUGCUGGGAUCAGGGGCGAUCAUGGGGACACCGUGGUGAUGAGCCAGUCCCCAAACAUCACCCCAUCCCAGCUCCCUUGCACUGCAGACACGAGUGUGAACUGCGCACAUCCCGGGGAGCAGCAGCCAUAUCUGAACCUGCCCUGGACAUUCCCGGAGCCCGGACUCGACUUUGACCAUGUACAGCUCUUUCCUAUUAGAUUUCUACUUGACUAAUGCAAGAACUUUGCUCGAUUUCUCUUUUUUCCCCAUUUCAUUUCUCGCUCCGCUCUCCUCACGAACUGCUGAGCUCUCCCAGCCCCAACCUCCUCCCAGGCACAAAAGGACACAGCUACGCAGGGAUCACCCCACAGGUGCCUGCAUGUUCCCAGGGCACUGGGGCAGCUCCUUUGGCCUCAAACCCCUCUCCCAGCCCCGGCUGCCUCAGCAUAUCAUCAUAAUGAACAAAGCCAAAGCUCCGGCUCUCAUGCACCUGCCCGUGUUUGCUUUUAGAACCGUGCCUGUUACGAUAUCCUAGAGCAAAUAUACCAAAAGCCGCAUCCCUUGUAGCGUCUGCUUUCUAUAGAGUGGUUUCCAAACGUCGUCUGGUUCAGGCAGUGCCAUUAUGGUUGGAUUUCCAAUCGCUCCCGGAGGUGCAGAGUUUUGUUGGGCUCAGAAACUCCUUUUGCUGGGGGGCAACGGGGAGGCAGAGCAGCUCUACAGGACUCAUGCAUGGAGCUCAGCCCUAAUUUCUCCCUGUGAGCAAGGCAGGGGCUUGGUAAUUCAUGCCAGUAGUGGGUUUCCAAAGCAAUUUGGGUUGCUCGAGCAUUUCUGUUCCAUCACUCAUGAGACACCUGUGCCUGCAGAGCAGCUGUGGGCAGCGCUGCAGGGCUGCCACUCGUGGCAAUUCCAAAUGAAUGUGUGAUGUGGCACAGUGCUGAAGUUCAGUACGGGGCUGAACUGGCUGCAUUUCAAUCCAUGGGGGUUUUCCUUUCUGUGUGCUGAGCCAGGGAGGGCUGAGGAUGGGGCUGCAUCCACGGUGCUUGGGUUUGGGAAGCUGAGAAGCACUGGGUUUGGAUUGCAAAGAGGUGCUUGGGUUUGGGAUGCUCGGAAGGUCCUGGUUUUGGGAUGCUUGGAAGUGCCUGGGUUGGGAUGCAAGGUGCCUGGGUUUGGGUUGCUUGGAAGUACUUGGGUUUGGGAUGCUUGGAAGUACUUGGGUUUGGGAUGCUUGGAAGUGCCUGGGUUUGGGAUGCUCAGCGAAGCCAGAGUUUUGGAUGCUUGGAAGUGCCUGAGUUUGGGAUGCUCAGAGGUACCUGGGUUUGGGAUGCUUGGAGCCUGAGGACUGAGCUGUGUCCCUGGUGCCAGUGCCUGGGUUUGGAUGUUUGGAGGUGCCUGGGUUUACAAUACAAGGAGGUGCCUGGAUUUGGGAUGCACAGAGCCCUGGUGAGGUUUGGCAGGGAGCAGCUGUUACUCAACAUGUCAGGUUGGUAAAUGAGGAAGGAAGCAGCUGUGAUGAGUUCUGGGCUUUUUGCUCCCCUCUGUGUGUAUGCAGCUCCUGCACCAGGCAGCUAAUUCUGCAGAACUUUGCCAGGAGUUAGAGCAAUUAUUUCCAUCCUAUGCAUCCCAUUACUUUGCAUUUUUUCCCUUUGUAUUUGCCCUCUGAUAGGGGCAGUGGAGCUGGUGCAGAGGGGUGGGGUUGCACUCAGCUGUAUUCACGCAGGAAAACAGUGCUUGAGUCCAAGUGAGGGUCCUGGGUGCUCCAGCAGAAAUCUGUUGGUUCUGGGGGGAUCUUUCCUUUCAGGGCUUUCCUCCUGCCCCAGGAACUUGAGGGCUUUGGCUCCAACUGCUUUCACUGCUGGGAUCUUGCAAAUUGAGAGCAUUAAAGCCUUGAAGUGUGGGGGUGGCAGGGGGAGGAAGGAGGGGAUGCAGAGGGUUAUGCAAGAGAAGAUGCUGGAGGGGAAGCAGAAGGGGAUGCAGGAGGAAAUGCAAGGGGAGAUGCUGGAAAGGAUGCAGGAGGUAAAGCAGGAGAGGGUGCUGGAGGAGAUGGAGGGGAUGCAGGAGGUGAAACAGGAGGGGAUGCAGGAGGUGAAACAGGAGGGGAUACAGAGGAUGACACAGGAGGAGAUGCUGGAGGGGGUACAAGAGGGGGUGCUGGAGUUGUAGCAGGAGGGGAUGCAGGAGGAAAUGCAAGAGGAGAUGCUGGAAGGGAUGCAGGAGGAGAUGAAGGGUGUAAUGCAGGAGACAAUGCCUGAUUUUUGCCCAGGCUCAGAAUGACCUUUCUGGUUGCACAAACUCAGACAUGUGCUGAGAGAAUGCAAACUUUGAGAGACCCAUCGUAGUUUCCCAGAUUUGGUUUUCCUCCUUUCUCUUUUACAUUUUUUUUUUCUCCCUUUGUGUUUUCAGUGCUCAGGGCUGCAUGGGGUGGCCACAUCUCUGCUGUGAGAUGUUUGGUUUGUAGGGAGCACUAUGGGUCUUCCUGGCAGCAUCUGCAAUGCCAUGCAAUGGGGCAGAAAACAGUCCUUUUGGUGCUACCGGUGCAGAUCUCAGGGCUGUGCAGGGAAGGCUGCUUGUUGAAAUCUCCAAAGGGAGAAAAAAAAAAACCAAAACCCUCACCUUUUGGACUUUUCCCUCCAGGAAGAGCAAAUGGGAGCUGUUGCCCUAUUGCAGUGGGGAAACUGAGGCAUGGAUAACGUUGCUGAGAGCAGUGAGAGGUUUGGGCAGAAAAAGCACAGAAACCCAGCAGCUCAUCUGCACCAUGUCCAUGAUGGCACUGCAGGGUUUGUGCUUUGCUACUCAUUCUUAGGGCACUCAUAGAGGCAGAGCCCAGACCUGCAGCUGACAGGACGCAGCCCCUGUGCUGGGAGUGGAUCCCAAAAGAAAUUGGGAUGACACUGGAUCCUGUCUGUGUAUUUGUACAGAGGCUGUACUGCUGUCAGGAUCAGCUCAGGAAGGGAAAAUGGAAAUGGUGACAAAUCGGAUGCUAUGGGUUUUCGUAUUCCUGUUUUGCUGCCUCCCCAAGGGUCAUUUAGUAGCCACGUUCCCAGGACCCAGCUCUUCUAAUUAAUUGUGCUGGGAUAAAGCUGGGGAUAGGAGCUGCCACCUCCAAGCAUUGCUGAGCACUGGCACGCUCAGCUCAGUGAUGAGCCCCCGUCAGCACUGGGACAGAUUUGUCCCUCUGGCACUCAGGGCUGAGGGAUCUGAACCCUGGGGGCUCCCCCUGCACCCCUGGGCACCCCCAGCCCCACGUCCUCAUGUCCCAGCAUGGACUCACCUCAUCCCUUGGGUGCCUGAGCCCACAGAGCCCCCAGACAUCAGUGGGGCCACGGGUGGAAAUCCCUCUGUUUCACCCAUAAGUGGCAUCAAAGCACCAAAAACAUGAGUGCCAAAAUAAAAGCAACGUGACAGGAGAGUUCCUUGGAGGUGGGUUCCUCGGUGUGCUCGUGUCUCCCCAGUGCUUUCCUCAAGCUGAUGGGAUGGAUGGGUCUUCCAGAAUCAGCCUCCAUCUGGACAAUCUUCCAAAAUAACCUGUGUUCCAGGCUGUUUCAAUGUUGUUGGUACAUUGGGGACAGGUGGGAUCUCUUGGGGAGGUUUCCUUGUCCUUUAUGAAGAGGAACCAAAAUCAUCUUAGUAAGGUGAGAGUAGAGAAGCUGCAACUUAAACCCCUGCAGAUGCUGCUCUGCAUGGGCAGGACCAGCCUGCUCCAUCCUCAUGGGACAGGUUUUUGGAACAGAAGGGCAGACCUUUGGCUUGGGAUGGCC